CAUCAGACCAUCUUAAGUGAUGCUUUGUUAAUCGAGAAAGCUAAAAUGCUAGCAAAUGAACUUGGAGUCCCUAAGGAUAAGUUGCAGUUCUCUUCCAGGUGGCUUCAAAAAUUCAAAGAAAGGAAUGGAGUCUGUCAACGAAAGCUUUAUGGAGAAGCAGAUUCUGUCGACUUGAAUGUAAUUGCCCGAUCCUUGCUAUUAUUGAAUGACCUGUGUGCUCGGUAUUCUCUUAACCAAAUUUAUAAUAUGGAUGAGAUGGGUCUCUUUUACUGGUUGGAGCCAGAUAAGACGUUAGCAACACAAUGCUUUGCAGGAUGUAAAAAAAAUAAAGAGUGCCUCUCUAUAGCUUUAUGCACUAAUGCUGAUGGAUCCCACAAACUGAACCUCUUGUAA